AUGUCAAGUCAAACCCCAGCUCUGGGCGUGUACCAGCCGACGAUUCGACGAAAACCCAAGCGCUUCAAGAAGGACGGCACGCCCUACAAGCCCCGGAAAGGGUGGGGGCCCUACCGCUCCGCCCCCAACGAACGCGCCGUCGAGUUCAACCUCCAGCUCGACGUACAGACCUUGCAGCAGGAAGUGCAAAAUAUGACCGCUCUACGGGACAUUCUGCAAGCCACGGUUCUACAACAACGCCACUCGCCCGAGGGCUCUCUCCUUCACCUCGUGAAGGAGUACCUUCAAGACCAACGCGAGUUCAUGUUCAGCAUCGUGGACCCUGAAAUUGACGUGGGCAACGACUGCCGAGGCCCCGAGUACAUGAUGUACCAGAUGGACAUGUACUCGACUUUAAUCCGCUGGAUCCGCAUCACCAUGCGUUCAUAUGAUAUUAUCCAAGCCGAGGAUUCGAUCGUGGUCAGGGCGACCUCGACGCUGCGCUUCCAGGUCGUGCGCGCCACGAUCGAGAGGAUCUUCCCUCACAUUACGGAGGGCAAGUUCUCCAAGUUCGAGGGAGACAUGGACUUUGUUGGGGCUUUUGCUAGCAUUGUGAAGGACCCAGCGGUGGUGGAGAUGCUGUUUCGUCAUGCUUUGAUCGCAGACAACUGCCAGCUUGGCAUGAUCGAUGAGCCAGAACUCUCGGAGCUUGAGAUUGAGGACAAGCCAGUGAAACCUCUCGGAGAGCCUCCGCUGGCUUCUACGAACUCUUCGUCCCAGGCCCCAUUGAUACCUUUGCGGCAAGAUUUCCAGAAGUCCUGCUUACAGGUUGUGGAGAAUUACUAUGUCGCCUUUGCGAACGGCUACCUGGCCGAUAACAGCACGCGCUGUGCCCUGCAGCGCGAUUUCCUGUUGCAUCGAUUUGUCCAACCUACGGCACAUGGUAAUAUGACGACCUCCAAGAACAUCGAAGACAGGUGGAGGUCGCUGAGUGAGUGCUUUGCGGUGCUGGGCUUUCACCAGAAGGCUAUGGCUUCGGUCGAAUAUCACCAACACGUGGGUGUAUGUGCAAUCAGCUCGUCGGCUAGAUACACGCUGCGUAUCACCCCUGCAACGGUCGUGUCUGUCUUCCCGCAUCUUCUCGCGUACCCUCAAUUGUGCGACGCCCUUGUUGGCGAAGUGCUGGCGGUUCCAUCGCAGAUUUGCUUCGCUAUCGAGGUGGAUUCAGGUCGCAUCUGCCGGAUUGAAGAGCGGGUGGACUUCGCAACUGCCGUGUCCAAGAUCGUCCCUAAUAGGCAAGAGUUGCAGUUCAUGCUGUCAAAAGCGAAGCUUGCGUUGGAUGACGUCAGCUACCGAAGUGAGGUGGUGCGGCCAACCUCCAGCACUGAUCAAGGCGCUGAGUGGUCUCGUUCCCCUCAUACAGCGACAAACAGCUCGAAAGUAGCGCCAAUUACUCGGACGAUGCACAUUGCUGACAUCCCUACAUGA